UUGAAAAGCGACGUCGUUUGGUCAAGUGGUUUGGCACACAAUGAAAGCUCUAAUUACUCUCUUCCUUCUUGAUCAAAAUCAUUCGUCUUUUCCUGUCGUCGGGAUUAGGGUUUUCUUUUUUUAAGACUUCGGCAUGAAUGUUGAAGAUGGUAUCCCUUUGCCUCCUUGUGGCAUUGAAUCUUUCGAGUCUAACCGAAAUGGAGAUGCGCUUUCCCCUGAAGAUAUAGCUUGGGCUGAUUCUUGCCUGAUCAAAGAUCCUGAAAUUCCUGACGGUGAUUGGAAUACUCUAAAGGAUGUACUAUUAGAAAUCAUCAGUUCCCAACCUGAAUCAUUCAACUCUUUUGCUCUUAACAGUAUUCCUGGAGUCUCCGACAUGGAGAUCCUUCCCUCCGGUGCAGAUGCAGAAAAUGCGGAGUUUCCCAGUGGAACUGAUUUUGAUUAUGUUGUUCCAUACAAUGAAAGGGCAGAAGCAACCAAUUAUGGUCCUAGAAAUGAAGGGACAAGCAUUUCACUGUCUGAAAAUUUAGAGGAAGACCCCUCUGAAGAAACUCUGAGAUCUGCCUUUCUGCCUACAUAUAAGGAAGCCCUGAUUGCUAGCGAAACCACUGAUUUGGGAUUUGACUUGGGGUUUUCAGCUUAUGAGUUGGAGCCAUCAACUGAGGAUAUAUUCAAGGUCUGGGAUCUGGAGAUUCCAGAUGAGGAAGACGAGCUUCUUGAACAGUUGAAGAAGGCCCUUUCAAGAGGUUCCUCUCCGUCUAUACCAACAUUCGAUCGUUCAGGGACAUGGAAAGAUCUGAAAGUAGAAUCCAUAGAUGAUUUAGUUGCCAGCAUUGCAGACCUGUCUUUGAAUCAAAUUUCUAGUUAGAUAAAAAGUAAAAAUUGUUAAACAUUUUAUUGUCACAAUGCUGAAUUUGGUUUCGGUGGUCUUGUCUUGUGACUCUAGUCACAUUUUUUGCAUCUUGAUUUUUGCUGAAUUUGAAGGGUGAAAAGAAAGUUGGAAGGAUAUGAUUGCAUUA